AUGCUACAUAUUUUCGAUGGAGAAAAAGCCAGGCAUGCCGAGUACAGAUACGAAAACAGCCCGCUUGAUCAUUACGAAAUACGCUGUUUGGUUCUGGCUCCUGGGACUGACACGACAAACGAAGCUCUGGCGUGCACCCUUCAAACAGUAAACUUAACGCACAAGCCCAAAUUUGAAGCAAUUUCCUAUACCUGGGGAGGCUCGGAGAAGCCUGACACGAUCAUGUGCAAUGGACAACCACUCCGCAUCACCAGUAAUCUCCGCGCGGCGCUGUUACAGGUCCAGCACCCCGACAGAGAACGCGUCUUAUGGGCAGAUGCGAUAUGCAUCAACCAGGCUGAUAAGCAGGAGAAAUCACGCCAGGUGCGUUUGAUGAAGGAAAUUUACACUCAAGCUACACGUGUACUGGUCUGUCUCGGCCCUCAAGGAGACGAUCACGCCAUACGCGCAGCCGCUCUGCUGGCGGACGUGAACCAAUUGUAUUUCACAACCUUGAACAGCAUCACUGUAAAACGCUGGGAUUCGUUUCCGUUUCCGGCACAAGACGAACCCCUUCUUUCGGACACCAGGUGGUCAUCUCUCUGGGAGCUCUUUGACCAGCCUUGGUUCAAAAGGGGAUGGGUUGUGGAGGAGGCUGGACUUGCAGCCGAGGUGUGGGUUCUCUGGGGUGGCGCCUCCAUUGACUGGCUCCAUAUCCUACGAACGGUACGAUGGGUUGCUUCGAGAGCAUCGACACUCGAGGACGUAUACAACAUAUACGUCCCUUACAUGCACCUAGAUAUCUUCGACCAUCGGCACCGCCAAGAAGUAAAGUUAUUCUUUCAGCGGACUCGAUUUUAUUCACAGAGCUUUCUCGGCAUUCUUGAAUACGGAAGAGAAUUGGGCUUCUAUGAUAAGCGCGACCACAUCUACGGAUUCCUCGGGCUUCCAGCAGCCAAGAAUAUUCGGGGCGACUUGACCAUUGACUACAAUAAACCAUAUCUCGAAGUAUAUCGAGACUUUGCUGUAUCGUAUCUCGAGAAGACUCAGCACCUUGACCUCCUGCAUUACGUCGAGCACGAUAUAACGACACUGCGCGACGAUUUCCCCUCAUGGAUUCCACAAUGGCAAAUUGAUCCGUACCGGAAGAUCAUCAAGAACGACAGUCAUGAUACCAGGAGCUUCAUUUCGCGCUCUUCAUCAGCACCUAUAAAUCGUCCAGUCUUCUCUUUGCUCCCAGGGCAGGUAAAUCUGCUCAAAGUUCGGGGUCUGAUCAUAGAUUCGGUUCAGACUUUGUCUAGCCUACUCACCGAAGACUCUUCCGUCGAUGAUAUAGCAGUUACUUGGAGGGCUUUGCGCGACUCCUCGGAGGGCAUCACCGCGUAUAAGGCUUUCUCUCCUCUCCUAGCCUUCCUUCAUUGUCUCGGACUCGGUUUCGGCCCAUCUGUGUCCGACGAUGCCCAGGUGGCAAACGACGGCGCCUACCUGUGCCAUUUACAAGGGGACAGCUCGGACACUUCGCAAGGUCUGUCUGCAGAUGACCCGAGCCUUGCUUAUUUUGAGGAGGAGGCCCCAGAGGGCAACGCGGAGGUUGUUCAAGGUCAUGUCAAAUAUUACACACAUAACCGCCGUGUCGUCGUUACAAAUCGUGGCUACUACGGGCUUGUGCCGGGUGUUGCACAGGAGGGCGAUCUCUGUUGCAUUAUUUUUGGUACGAAGACACCGUUUAUCAUUCGAAAGGUUGAGAACUCUAUGGGUGGGCAUUACAGGCUGGUUGGAAGCGCUUUCAUUGUGAGCAGCAAAGCCAUCGAUGAUGGAUAUGACUAUCCAUCUAAGUUGGGGUGUGAGGAUGAUAUCGAUGCGUCUGAGGAUUGGCUGGAAUGGGACUUGGAUGAACAAGAUCUUUGGCUCUCUUGA